AUAAAAUAAUCGAUAAUUUUGAUGUCAUCACAAUUUUCAUUUUCGCUUCGACAUACAAACGUGCAACUUGAUUUUUCGUUUGUUAAUUUCGGUUGAACUUCGAGCUAAAUAAAUCGCUAAAACAAUGGUGAAAGAAGAGGUCCUGUCGGAGGAGUCCUCCGAUGUACAUGUGAUCUCGGAACGCGAGGAUGAUGACAUAUGCGAGCUGGAGCACUUGCGUAAGCUCUUCAUCGGCGGGCUGGCCCCAUACACCACUGAGGAAAACUUGAAGGUGUUCUACGGCCAGUGGGGCAAGGUGGUCGAUGUCGUGGUGAUGCGCGAUGCUGCCACCAAGAGAUCUCGCGGCUUCGGCUUCAUCACAUACACAAAGUCCCUCAUGGUGGACAAGGCCCAGGAGAACCGUCCCCACAUCAUCGACGGCAAAACUGUGGAAGCCAAACGGGCUCUGCCCCGCCCUGAACGAGAGUCGCGCGAGACCAAUAUAUCUGUGAAGAAACUGUUUGUAGGCGGUCUCAAGGACAACCACGAUGAGGAAUGCUUGCGCGAAUACUUCCUGCAAUUUGGUCGUGUGGUCUCCGUUAAAUUGCUUACUGACAAAACCACUGGAAAGCGUCGGGGCUUCGCUUUCGUCGAGUUUGACGACUACGAUGCAGUGGAUAAGGCCAUCCUUAAAAAGCAACAUUCGAUUAAGUACGUGCACGUGGACGUCAAGAAGUCUAUUUAUAACCUGGAGAAGAAAGACAAACAGCAGGCAGGUGCGUUGGCCAACGGUGCAAAGCCGCCGCUCAAUCAGCAACAGCAGCAACAACAACCGGGUCCGCCACAGCAACAACAUAAUGGCAACAUGCAGGCACCUGGCUUCCGACCACCAGUGCCGCCCCCACAGGCCAUGCCCCCCUACCAACAACAGCCUCCACCGCCGAUAAGCGCUCCACCACCUAACUACAACUACUGGGGAGCACCUCCUCCACCUAUGCAGCCCUACUACCAGCAGCCACCACCACCGCAGAUGAACGGCUGGGGUCCCUAUCCGCCGCCACAAAAUGGUUGGAAUGCACCGCCACCUCCACCACCGGGUGCCCCGCAGUGGCACCCCAGCCAGUGGGGUUGUCCUCCACCAGUACAACAGGUGCCGCCGGCUGGGGCAGUGCCACCACCAAUGGGUCAUAAUGGACCACCGGCUCCGGCUCCAGGUAACUGGAACAUGCCGCCACCAGUGCCGGGUGCAGCACCUCCAACGCACCAGCAGCAGCAGCCGCCGCAACAGCAGCCACCACCACCGAAUUUCGGCACUGGCUAUCAGCAGAACUACGGAGGCGGACCAUCAAAACACAACACUAUGAAUGCCAACCGCAUGAAUCCUUACUCGGCAGCUCCGCCGAACAACUACCACCCUCCCCAGCAGACAACAUAUCCAGCCUACAACGCUGGAGCUCCGCCGCCUAAUGGAAACGUUCCUCCGGCAGCUGGUGCCAAGGCGGUGGGCGUAUCCAAUGGGUCCGUGGCCACCGGUGGCAGUGCCAAUAGCAAGUAUCGGCGCUAGAUCGGGUGAGUAGAUCGCGACAUAGUAACCGUACCCGCUAUUAGUCGCUUGUUUUAAAUGUGGCCUAUGCAUAAGAGUUACCCCAAAUACGUCUUGCCACCCAUAUACCACCCGCCAUUGAUGCACUACGUCUGAAGUACGUGUUAAUUUGUAAUUACUAAUGUGGAAAAUUCUCUUUGAUUUAGAUGCUCUUUGGGCGGCUAAAGCUCAAGAAUCAAGACACUCUUUAAUAAGCUCGUUCAUAAGCUAGGCCACACUCGCUUAGUUACUAAACAGGAAACUUAACGCAUUGUCUCUCUAUCAUAGGACAACUAACUACGAUUUUACUCUACACUUAAGAUAUACCAUUGAUAACUCUACGAUUGACCUAAGCUAUGCCAGACUAUAUAUAAAUAUUUUAUACAACGUAUUGUGAGAAGCGAGCUCUUCUCCCAUUCGAAUUAAUUUAGAGAUAAUUUUGGAACUCUGAAUCGUAGAACAUGCCCAAAUACGAUAUAAAAUGAACAAAUCUCUCUAUUUGAAGACAACUAUCUCUCUAUCUGUAAAAAUGAAAGAUCGUGCAAAUGUCGAAGAACAAUUGCCAGUCAUAAUCAAUUAAGUAGACAUAAAUCACGGAGCUGUAGCCUGAGCUUAUUGGCCCAAAACAAGUAGUUUAAUCGUAGAUACCUAUGUAUUACCUUAACCAUUCAAAUAAGAAGAUACGUCCAUCAAAAAAACUCAAAGAAAAUAUAAGAAUUCGAAGCGAAGUCGGAUCACAAAUCAAAUCAAAUGCAGGGCUGGCGGGCGUGGCCUUAACUAUUAUUGUACACAAGAGAUGAUAUCAAAACAAAUGUCAAUUUUUACAAGAAGCAAAUCGGACACUUAUAUACUGUAAUGAUGUUGAAGGUUUCUAAUCUAGCCUCCCAUCUCUUAAUUUGUAUUUCAUGACGAACUCGAAAACAUAUGUAUAUAUACCGGAAAAAGCAAAUUGCUAAGAAAAUGUAUAUGCUUUCAGAUUAACUAUACUUACUAUUUAUUCUCGACUCUCUCCUAUAUUUAAGCUGUAGUGCACGCCAAGGGCUUUGAAUUGAAUUGAUCAUGAAAUAUAAUGCAGUAUUGAGAUAAGGGAGGCCUAGUCGACAAUUUGCAAGAUUCAUUUUGAGCUACUAUGCUGCAUUAACGAGAUACAAUUUAUCACUUAACCGAACUCUAUGAAAACCCAUACCCAAAUUUAUUUUAAAUAAAUACAAAAUAAAAACAACACUAUGUAUUUGUUUUAGCUGCCGAUAUGUAAGUCUCCUUCUCUUUAGCUAUAGCAUAAACUAUUUACCCAAAGAUUUAGUUAACGUAAUGCAAUUCUAGAUACAAACAAAUUUCUCUUUAAUUUUAAACAUAUUUUACUCGUAUUCGUAUAAACCAAGCAAAACUAAGCCAUAAAACGCUUCAGACAAAGUUUAUUCGUAAGGUAAGUUAGGAACGGAUCUCAUCUAGAAUAUAGUAGAGUUUUUAUAAGUGCGUUUAAGUUCCUGUCUUAUGUGUAGCAUGUCAACAACUAUUUAUUACGCUUUUCUAAGCAAAACCACACAUUUCUUUUCCAAUGUAAAAACCGGGAGCAACGCUGGAGUGGCCUGUUGCAAAAGACCAGACCUAAAGUGUCCAAUAAAAUGAGGUACGUAGAAGCGGUCUUGUUUUAUUUUAUUUUGGAAAGUAGAACCAAUAAAGAGCUACCAAAAUCGA